AACAUUAUUUGUCAUAUCACAAACAUUUGUGUCCAUAUCACGAACAUUUCUGUCUAUGUCACAAACAAUUCUGUCAAUAUCACGAACAUUUCCGGCUAUGUCACAAUAAUUUCUGUCCAUAUCACAAACAUCCGUCUAUGUCAAAAUCAUUUCUGUCCAUAUCACAAAUAUUUCCGUCUAUGUCACUAUCAUUUCUGUCCAUAUCACAAAUACUUCCGUCUAUGUCACUAUCAUUUCUGUCCAUAUCACAAUCUGAAAUUUGCAAUUUAA